GACUUUCGCACGUAUCGACCAGGCCCCGACGUCACCUGCGUGUGUGAGAGUUCUUAUCGUUUUGAUUGAUACUUCACACAAUAGACUGUGUCCACUUUACUUAACCUUUGCCGCACUGUCAACAUUAACGCACGUCAUGUGUACGACGGACGUCACUUUAUAUUUGUACAGUGACUGUAUCAUCAGGCGUGUGCACACAUGACCUUUGACCCCCAGUCAAUUUUCAGCUGUAUGGACGUCGGACUUUACCCUUCUGCUUAAAUUGUCCGUCAAUUUAACGAACUUUACGCAUGUGUUACGUGGACCUUGAGAUUUGACGUCGUGCAGGAAUUGGAUGGAUCCAAAUCCGCAGGAACACGGUCCUAUCCCCAUCAACUGGGCCGAUGAUGCAGAAGACCCUGGGCACAUCCCUAUUCUAGACUUCUCCCCCUACAGUCUGCUGAAGGGAGCUGUGGAUGAGGACCAGCUGCAGCCGCUCGCCACACAGCUGGUCCAGGCUUUCUCCACCGUGGGAUUCGUUUAUCUCCGUAACCACGGGAUACCAGCUGCUCUGGUGUCCAGGACUUUUGAGCUAGCAGACAAGUUUUUUGCUCUACCGGAAGAAGUGAAAACCAAGUUCUCGCGGCCUGCAGACAAGAGCCAUGGAUGGGUCUGUUUGGAAAGAGAACGGGUGACUAUGGAAAGGCCAGGGGACCUGAAGGAAGCUUUUAAUGUGAGGCCACCACAUGCCACAGAAAAGCUGUGGCCAAACGAGGAAGUACCAGAGUUCCAGCAGGCGUCCCUGCAGCUGUAUGACAAAUGUCGUCAGCUCAGUCUCAGAAUAAUAGAGCUUAUGGCCAGGGGACUCAACAUCCAGGAUAAGGCAGGCCUGCUGUCCAUGCACAGUAUGAUAGGUACAGGACCCAAUGGGAGCCUGAUGCGAACCUUGCGUUACCCGCCUGUCCCUGAACAGGUGAAAGAAGGACAGAUCAGAUGUGGAGAACACACCGACUAUGGCUCCAUUACUUUACUGUUUCAGGACAACGUAGCUGGGCUAGAGGUACAGAACUGUGAUGGGGAGUACGUCCCUGCCCCUCCCAUCCCCAACACUGUGGUGGUCAACAUCGGAGAUCUCAUGCAACGCUGGACCUCAGACAAGCUGAAGUCUACGAGCCAUCGAGUUCUUCUGCCAGAAACAGAGGAAGGGAGGAAAACUGCCCGUCGGUCCAUCGCCUUCUUUGCUCAUCCUAACAUGGACGCUGUGAUCACGUGCCUGGACGGAUCCAACAAGUAUCCACCAAUCACAGCUGGGGAGUACCUGAAACAGAGACUCACGGCUACAUAUGAUGUCAGCUAAUACAAACAUGUCAAUCAAACAUUUGACAGCAAAUCCAAGAAGAGAGCUGACAGUAUCAAUAAGUAUGCUGGAGAAUACCUGAAAACGUGACUGACAGCAACAUGAUGGUAUGAAACAUACUUAAGCUAAUUCAAAGGUGUCAAUCAAACAUGUAACAGCCAAUCACAGAAGAGAGCUGACAGCAGUAAUUGAUUCUGGAGCCUUGAUUGGCCCCAGAGUAACCAAUGACAAGUAAUCCUGGGCAGAUGUCUGUGCUUAUUGUUGAUUGGCCCAAAACUGCCCAAUCAUAGAAGCUAUAGUUUCAAGCACCAAUAACUUAAGUAUAUAUAACGUUAUAUAUUAUUGUUGAUAUUUCAUAUCAAAGUGCCUUUGUGUAUGAACAU